AUGCGCGCUUUGCACAUAUUUACAUUCGCAAUAGCAAUUUUUAUAUCUGUUGAUGCAUUACCCUAUGACAAACCUAAUGUGCUUACGAUUCCGCUAAAACCGAAAUCAAUCACUCGUCGCAGGCUUUCCAAACGAGAAAUAGCAUCCUUACCAUUAACUGCAGAACAAUCAGAUGUUACUUAUUUUGGGCAAAUUACCUUUGGCACGGGCACCCCACAGAAUUUUGAUAUAAUGUUUGAUACAGGAUCGCCCGAAUUAUUUGUUAUUGGUAAAGAUUGUAAUCCAGAAGAAUGCAGUAAUGACCAUAAAUAUGAUUCAGCUCUUGAUAAAUCUUUCAGUCUAAUCAAAGAAAAUGCUUUCAUAAUAAAAUACGCUGAUGGCACAGAAAUAAACGGGGAUUUAGCCAAGACCACUAUUGUAAUAGCGGAUAUGCUGGUAGAACAACAAGAGUUUGGAUUGGCUAAUAAAGUUUCUGGUGGAUUUAAUCGCCCAUUUUCGGGUAUAAUGGGGAUGCCAUUUGGCGAAUUGAAUAGAUACGGACAACCCACAGUAAUCGCAAACCUUAUAAAUAAUAAUAAACUCGAUAAUCCACAAUUCUCUUUUAUGCUUGGGAGAGAAGCAGAUAGAUCACCAAGCGAAUUAACAAUCGGUGGGAGUAAUCCAGCUAGAUACCAUGCUGAUACACUUACCUUUACACAUGUAGUAGAUGAUAAUGACGAUUUAUGGGAGAUUCCUAUUGAUGACUGCAUUGUCGGUGGCCAACAAGUAUAUUUCGAUAGUCAAACUGCAAUUAUUGAUACUGGAACCACACGUAUAUAUAUGCCACCUAAUGACGCUAAAGAAUUUUAUCGUGAAAUUCGCACUGCUAGAGACAGGGGUGAUGGGUUCUACGCAAUAGACUGUAAAGCUAUAAUUGAAGUUAGCCUGGUAUUCAGCGGUAAAACUUGGAAUAUAUCACCUAAAGAUUUUAUAGUUAAAAGAAAUGAAAAUGUUUGCGUUGGAGCUGUUGCUUACUUCAAUG